AUGGACUUUUUGACAUUACGUGCAGAUGCAACGAAUGCAGAAAAGCUGGCUGAAGAGUCUGAUGAAACAUAUGAGUUCUUGACAACAAUGUUAGAAGAAGAAGAACCGCACGCUUUGAAGUAUUUCGAUAAACAAUGGAGAAGAACCAAAGAACAUUGGAUGAUGUUAUAUCGUGGAGAAGGUGAUUCCACGAAUAACAUUGCGGAAUCACACUUUCAUCAAUUAAAGCAAACAUUUUUCUUGGGUAAGAAAAAUGAGCGCAUUGAUGACAUCGUCAUAACUCUCAUCACUGUUGUGAUUCCAAAUGCGAUUAUUAAGGUUCAAGUCGCUAAUGUUUUGAAUGAAGAUAGAGCAGUAAGAAUUCUUACAAGGGCAGGUAAUCAGAUUGUUGAGCAAAGAGCUUCAAAACACGAUGAAUGUUUGAAAUUAAUUCAACACAUUUUGGAAAUUGUCGAAAGCCGAAGGAUUGAACCUAAUGUCCUUAUUCCAUCUUUGAAGGCAAUAUUAAAUUUGGCACAAAGAAGUUUAAAGGAAGAGUAA